AUGUUGAUGUCACUAGCCAAGGCAGUCGCCAACGCCACUGCAACUCUCGUUCUGAAAGCAAAGAGUGUUGCCAGCAAAGCCGACGAUCAGCAGUCGCAGAAUAAAGUCAUCCAAUCGGCGACGUCAUGUGCACUAAAUACCUCACAAUUGGUGGCAUGUACUAAAGUAAGUUGUGGCUCUACGAUCAGUAGUCCAGCAUGCCAAGAACAACUGGUGGAGGCCGCCAAGCUCGUCGCCAAGUCUGUGGAAGGUGUUGUUGAUUCAUCGCAGACUGCAUGUGAGGAUGAAGAUCUUCUGAAGGGGGUUGGUGAAGCGGCGACCGCAGUGACCAAGGCGCUAAACGAUUUAUUACAACAUGUUAAGAAAGGUACCAGUAAACCCAGUCAGCCGGCGGAUAAAUAUGAUGCAGCCUGUGAUACUAUCUUGACUGCCACUGAUAGACUAUUCAGUAGCAUGGGUGACGCUGCUGAAAUGGUCAAACAAGCUAAGAUUUUAGCAAUGGCAACUUCACAGUUAGUUAAUGGUAUUAAAGGGGAAGCCGAAACUGCUGACGACGGUGAUCAACAGAAGAAACUUUUAGGGGCAGCUAAGAUGUUGGCUGAUGCUACAGCGAGAAUGGUAGAGGCAGCAAAGGCGUGUGCCGGGAAUCCAAAUGAUCCCGUCCAACAGCAAAAACUACGCGAAGCAGCAGAAGAUUUACGAGCUGCAACAGACAUUGCCGCCAGCAACGCAUUGAAAAAGAAACUUAUUGGUAGACUUGAGCAUGUAGCUAAACAGGCUGCCGCUAUUGCAACUCAGACUAUAGCAGCUGCACAAGGUGCUGGAGCAUCCAAUAGAAAUCAAGCUACUCAACAACAACUUGUUCAAGAAUGUAAGACUGUUGCCGAGCACAUCCCUAAGUUAGUGACCGGAGUCAGAGGGUGUAUGUCUAAUCCGAAUAAUCCUAGCGCACAACUUAAUUUGAUAAAUGCAAGUCAGAAUUUCAUCGCCCCUGGAGCCAGAAUGGUGGCCGCUUCCAAGAUGGCGAUGUCUACGGUCGGUGAUCAGGCGUCUGCUUUACAGCUUGGCAACAGUGCUAAGCACAUGGCAACUAUUCUGUCAGAAUUGAGAUCGGUGGCCGGCAAGGCACAAGAAGCCUGUGGGUCAUUGGAAAUUGACAGUGCCUUGGACACAAUAAGAGGGUUAGACCAAGAACUGGGAAAAAUAAAAGAAACCGCCAAAGAAGGAAAACUUCUACCACUCCCAGGAGAAAAUGCUGAUACAAGUGCCUUACAACUCGGUGCUACAUCCAAGAUGGUGGGUUCAUCCAUGGCUCAGUUACUGACUGCAGCCGCUCAGGGCAACGAAAAUUACACUGGAAUCGCAGCACGGGAUACCGCACAAGCCUUAACUGCUCUGACGAACUCAGUACGUGGAGUUGCAGCCACAACUAACGAUUCUAAUGCACAAGAAUUGUUGAUUGAUUGCGCCCGUGAUGUGAUGGAUAAGUCUCAGUGCUUGAUGGAGGAAGUGAAGAAUGCCUUAGCCAAUCCUAAUCACCCAGAUAACCAGCAGAAAUUAGCUCAGGUUGCUAAGGCAGUGUCCAACGCUUUGAAUAAUACGGUGAAUUGUUUGCCAGGACAACGAGACGUGGAUAAAGCUAUCAAAACCGUUGCGGACGCUAGCAAGACUUUAAUGACAGGCAAGAUUUCACCAGCAAACGUAAACUACCAAGAAGCACAGAGUCAUGUGAACACCGCUGCCGCUGGAUUGAACGUUGCGGCGAGUCAAUUGAUUGCAGCCUCCAGGGGUACACAUGGGCAGCUUGCUGACUCCGCAGGCAAAUUUACAGUUGAUUUCCAGACCCUGCUGGAUGCUGGUCUUAAUGUUGCUGGAUCUACUCCA